AUGAGAAGCCUUUUGGGUGCCGAGUGUGUAAAAAGUUUUACCCACGCCGGUGCGUGCACGCUUGCAUUGACGGCUCUUGCAUCUAACGAGCGUAGUGAUACUCUCCUACGCCAUAUCAAGAUUCACAAUGCGAGACGAAACAACGAAGCAAUCUCCUCUGCCGACCUCAUAAAUGACCUAAACAUCAUUGACAGAGAGAGCUCGUCCUUCAUCACGGAACACUCAGCGUCUCGGGAGUAUAGCAACCACCUACCUUCCGGAUCUCCAGCAGGAUCAGAACAUCUGGACGGCACUCUGCGCUUCAGCCCUGGCCAUGGCACGACUGCCACAAUCUCCACUCUACAGCACGAGACUCUGCAUGGAGAGAAAGCGAAGGCACCGCUCUUGAGCGUUGGGACUCCUUCGCGGAACCAAGACUCCAGCGAUUUUUCCGAUCAGGACGUGGGUUUUACGUCAACAGUGGCAGAAUCCAUUGAAGCCAGCUGGAAUCGUAGUAUCCUCGCUUCGGAAAACGACGCCGGGCUCGACGAGAGUAUGAUGGACGGUGCUACUUUCGCUGACGCCCUUGUACAAUUCGAUGCUUCAAAUUGGCUCCUAGACGAAGAUUUCAUCAAUCUGUCAGGCGACGACCUCUUAUUUGGCGCAAACCGAAUCUCAUCUGACCUAAUAUAUCAGCGACCUGCAGCUACAAACUCAACUAAAGACGGCAACCUAGCUCCAAAGGUUUUGGACCUCCGACGUAUGUGGCAUGUGCAGACACGAAGUGCACUCGUCGACCUUGAUUACGACCCCGACGAUACCGGAAAACCGCCAUCUGCUGCCAGGGGGAGAGAUAUCGAUGAGCUAUAUCAUAAUCAAUUGACCGAAGGCCUUCGUCCACCGUUGCGCAAUGAACCCCUACCAUCUAUUGAUAUCCUGAAUCUCUGCAUGCGUUUGUUUUUCACAAGAUUCAAUGUUGCGGUACCCCUUAUCCACGGCCCAACAUUCAAGCCCAGCGCUGGCAACAUCUUACUUGUCUUGACAAUGUGUUCUGCGGGCGCGUCAACGAUGCCAUCUGAUAAGGCCUUGCGUCUGGGAACAAUGCUUUUUGAGCGUGUCCUCAAAGUUGGAAAUGCAGGAUCAUGGGAGAGGAUGCUGUUGGAACGACCACACUUGGAGAGAGACAACAUCAAAGGAUCCGUCAUCGGCGCGACCUUCGCACUGCUAUCACAAGACCGUGCGCACCGAGUGAUUGCAGAUGGGUACCAUGGGACCAUCAUUUCGCUUGGCCGGCAUGCUAGAUUGUUCACAGAGGCUUCCGAUCUGGAGUUGCCAGAGCACCUUACCAGGGAUGACCUUGAAAAGGUAUGGAAACAGUGGGCCAGGGGGGAGGAGAUGAAAAGGGCAGCAGCCAUCAUUUACGUUCACGAUGCAGAGCUUGCUGCGCUCUUCCACCAUGAACCUAUAUUUCGCCACAGCGCACAACCGCUACCUACCCUGGCUCCUGCAGAGUUAUUUCAUGCACCAACAGCGACAGUGUGGGCAACAAGAUAUAGAGAAUAUCAGAGAAGGCGACAGGUCCAAACAACACCUUCUCCUGCCACGGCCGGUGAGUCUUCGACAAUCACGAUUGAGAAAUCGAAUGAACAUGGCUUGCGUUCAUGGGUAGCUCUUGCCGGUGUAAGUGCUACCAUCGUUGAGUGCCGGCAUCUUAAACUCCUCUCGGCGCAGCGUAUCCUCGACUUUGAAAUUGAACUCGUGAACUGGUACGCUUCAAGCAAGAACUGUUGCCAAUAUGGUGAUUGUCGGAGCCUGAGGCAAAGCGAGCUUCCAUUCUGCUUGAGACCACUAUGGCAUUACAUCUUCAUGAUCCUAUCGACAGAUCUUAACCUCCUGGAGAUUGCCGUUGGACGAGAGGGAAGUGAUAUUUCCCCCAACGUAAGGGACUAUGUGAGAUCUUGGAUUUCGUCUCCAGAAUCCAAAAGAUGCCUCCUUCAUGCUUUGUGUCUGCAGAAUCUGCUGCGAUCAACGACGGUAGACUCUGCUACUGCCAUGCAUACUCCCCGAAUCCUCUUCUCCGCUGCUCUAUGUUGGUACUGUUACAUGCUAUAUCUACCUAGAAGUCCAGAUACCGCCGAUUCGAAAAACUUGUCUGAUGACGAGUGCGUAUCGUAUCUGAAGGAGCUCCCGGAAAUCCGAUUUUUGCAUGAGUCCGGAACUCAUAUGUCGCCGCCACAUCUUGUCAUCGAUAAAGUAAUUUCAGAUCUUCAGAGAUUUCUCGCAGGCAAUCCAGUUGAAAUAAAGGCCGAUAUACUCUGUGUUCUUGAAUCCACACUAUACCGACUUCAAACCAGUGGAAUAUCGCGGAGACUUGGGGAACUUUUACAGGUCUUCAUCUCUGGCAAUUGUGCCUGAAGAAGGUAGCCAUUGUGUAAUUCCGGCCAUUUGAGUGCUUGAUCGCAUGGAUCUCAGCCAAAUCGACAAAUGUUGACCAGAGAUGGAGGACCCGAACUGGAAGGAUCAACAACGACAUAUCCUUUUGACGCGGGUCAUUGAGCAGAGAUCAAAAUAGUCCGACGGAAAAGAGAAAUGGAUUUCAAGCUGCACGGGAAGUGUCGAAAUGUUUACAACCGCAGUACUCUUGUGCAAUUAUACAAACACAGACUUGAAGAACG